AUUUAUAGAGCCUUACAGAUCCAGCUCGUGUUUUGUGAGGAGCUCGGCAGUGAGUAGCAGCAUUGUCGGAGGCGUGCUUUAUCCCAAGCUGUAGAGAAUAAUCCUUAGUUCAGUUGUUGCUGUGAAGAGAUGGAGUGGUUCUGGCUGGAGAAGAAUUGAUGCUGGGCAGCACAGGCGAUGGCUUCUCAUUAUCCGCUGCUUUAUGAUUGUGGAGCCGCAUGAAUGAUUCCCACUGAACUGGUGACAUAAAGAGCUGGGCAUCUGAAGGGCAUCGAAUCUGUAGAAUUCCAGAAGUUGGCUGCAGAAUCCUUGGAAGGCGAUGAAUGGAGACGUAGUGGUGGCGGCUUGAUAAUCGUUACCGUGGAGCACAACAAUCAAGGUACCCAGACGAGUAAGUGGUAAUGGAGCUGCCAGUGCUUCUUCUGUGCUGCAUCUUAUCCCAGUCUACGGUGUCCGCCACUCAAGGAGCGUGCAGGCUUGGUUGCCACCCAACAAAUGGCUACUGUGAGAAUCCUGGGGAAUGCAGGUGUCACGCUGGCUGGAGAGGACAGUUCUGUGACCAGUGUAUCCCAUUCCCUGGUUGUGUCCAUGGAAGUUGUACUAAACCCUGGCAGUGCGUCUGUGAUGAGGGUUGGAUCGGCAGCCACUGCAACAUAGAUAUCCAUCCAUGUGCCGGUGUUCCCUGCUCCAGUAACUCUACCUGCAUCGAAACGGGUGACGGUGGAUACAUCUGCCUUUGUGCUCCAGGAUUUACAGGAAAAAACUGCAUGGUUAAAAGGGGACCCUGCAAUACAAAUGGGUCUCCUUGCAAGAAUGGAGGAACCUGCAUAGACAGCAAUGGCUUCGCUUCUCGAGCUUCUUGUCAGUGUCCUUUGGGCUUUGAAGGUGAUAACUGUGAAGUGAAGAAAAAUGGCUGCAACCCAAACCCGUGUGCCAAUGGCGGUAACUGCUCUGAUGCUAAUACAGGAUACGAGUGCAAGUGCCCGGUUGGGUUCAGUGGUCCGUCUUGUAAAAACGUCACAUCAUUGUGUAGCAGUAAUCCCUGCGCCCAUGGAGGAACCUGUCAUGAAAGUACCGGAGGAUAUCAGUGCACAUGUCUAGCUGAAUACACAGGAGCUACGUGUCAUGUACUCAAUACAAAAAGGAAGGUCCACGCGGCGGCCAACCAUUAUCAUUUUCAGCCCCACCACAAGAUCUUCCCGCACCAAGGGCACGAGGUCUUGAAGAUCACAAUGAAGGAGACGGUCCACAACAUGGACCCCUUCCUCAGCAGGAGUCAGAUCAUCUGCUUCAUUGUCCUGGGUCUUCUAACUUGUCUCAUUGUCCUCAUCACGACCGGAAUCGUUUUCUUCUCAAAGUGCGAGACCUGGUUGGCCAACGCCAAGUACAGCCACCUUAUCCGGAAGAAAAAGGAUUUCUACAUGAGGGCCAACCGAGAGGCCGGCAAUGAAGUCAAAAUGAUCUUCCCUGAGAAGGUUAAAAUUGCUAACUAUAACAGGAAUUACACCACUAUUUAAUGCAAUGGGAUCCAUGGGGGGGCGCAGAAGUUUAGACUACUUGUCAAUUGAGUCAUCAAUAUUUCCAGUUCCGUGCAUAACUUUUAAGUAAGGUUGACCACCCAAAAGCAUUUUCUCAGUCUAAGGCUACUGAAAGCCUGAAAAAUGUAGGUGGGCUGCACUUAAAGGGGUACUCUGCCCCUAGACAUCUUAUCCCCUAUCCAAAGGAUCUCCCUGCUGCAUCCAGUGUUCAUUUAGAGCGUCGGGUGCAGCGGUGGAGGCUCGUAAUGUCACGGCCACGCCCCCUCAAUGCAAGUCUGUGGGAGGGGGCGUGACGACGUGUCAUCACGCCCCCUCUCAUAGACUUGCAUUGAGGGGGCAUGGCCAUGACGUCAGGAGCAGGGUGUGACUGUGAUGUCACGAGCCUCUGCCCCGCAUUGCCAGUCAUCCGGCACGGACCCCCGCGACAGACAUUUUAUCAUCUAAAUGUCUAGGGGGCGGACUACCCUUUGAAAGACCACUGGGACCCCCCUCGAUUUCUGGAACAGGAUCUCUUGGCUCUCAGUGAGGAGCGUGUGCUGCAGACGGCACAAGCUCCAUUCAUUUCAAUGGGAGCACCAAAGAGACCGAAGUACAGCACUCGGGCAUCAUCAGCGCUCCCAUAGAUAUUAAUGGAGAACGUGCCAUGGAGGCGACAAUCCCCACUGAGUCCCGUUCCGUAGAGACAGCUAAAACACGAAACCUGUAUAUUGGCGCUUCACCAAGAAUAGGAUCAGGGACAAGAUGAAUUUAUUAACUUAAAAUCCUCUAGCCUGAGGCCGUGACCGUGACAUCACGGCAACGCUCCUUGUAACGCCACAUUACGCCCCCUCCAUUCAUGUGUAUGGGAGGGGGCGUGUCAUCAUAACCACUGUCGCAGGAACCCAGCGUUUAUUUAGAAUGCCAGGUGCUGUGGGAGGCCCCAGCAGCGGCAACAUCGGGUCCGUCCAACAUCCUGACAUCGCGCGCCUCCAUACAUCAAGGGGAGCCAAUGACCGGGGUCAAGGGGCGGCAAAAUUAGCUUUUGCCUAGGGUGGCAAAAUUAAUUGCACCAGGCCUGGGCUCCCUAUAUCUCAGCUUCCUGGACACCUAUGAGUAUGAUGCUUGGUAAGGUUCCCAAUUGAAAUAUUUAAAACUAACCUUUCCUUAAAGGGGUACUCCGGUGAAAACCUUUUUUCUUUUAAAUCAACUGGUGGCAGAAAGUUAAACAUAUUUGUAAAUUACUUCUAUUAAAAAAUCUUAAUCCUUCCAGUACUUAUUAGCUGCUGAAUGCUACAGAGGAAAUUCCUUUCUUUUUGGAACACUGAUGACAUCACGAACACAGUGCUCUCUGCUGACAUCUCUGUCCAUUUUAGCAACCAUGCAUAGCAGAUGUAUGCAAAGGGCAGCAUGGUGGCUCAGUGGUUAGCACUGCUGCCUAGCAGUGCUGGGGACUUGGGUUCAAAUCCCACUAAGGACAACAAUAAAUAAAGCGUUAUUAUUAUUAUAAUAAUGUCAGCAGAGAGAACUGUGGUCGUGAUGUCAUCAGAGAGCAUUCCAAAAAGUAGUAUUCAGCAGCUAAUAAGUACAGGAAGGAUUAAGAUUUUUUAAUAGAAGUAA